UAAAGUGGACGAGUUCCGCCAGAGCAGCAGCAGCAGCAGUGUUAAUGAGACACAGCCGACCGCAGCCAAGAGGAAGAGGAAGAGCCGCUGGGGGGCUGAAGAUGAUAAAGUCCAGCUGCCCCCACCUGUUGUACACACACUCACACCUGUGGAGCCCGCAGAAGAGACCAGCACUGCAGCACUCUCUGUUCAGGAGCUGAGCAGUCUGGGAUAUAAGAAAGGUAAGCCGGUGGGUCUGGUGGGCGUGACGGAGCUGUCAGAUGACCAGAAGAAGCAACUCAAGGAACAACAGGAGAUGCAGGAGAUGUACGACAUGAUCAUGAAGCACAAGCGGGCGAUGCAGGACAUGCAGCUGAUCUGGGAGAAGGCCAUCCAGAACCACCAGCACGAGUACGACAGCGACGAGGAGGUGGACGCAGACGACGGCACCUGGGAGCACCGGCUGCGGCAGAUGGAGAUGGAGAAGACCAGAGAGUGGGCGGAGCAGCUGACGGAGAUGGGCAAAGGGAAGCACUUCAUCGGGGACUUCCUGCCGCCGGACGAGCUGGAGAAGUUCAUGGAGACCUUCAAAGCCCUCAAGGAGGGCAGAGAUCCAGAUUACUCCGAGUAUAAGGAGUUCAAGCUGACGGUGGAGAACAUCGGCUUCCAGAUGCUCAUGAAGAUGGGCUGGAAAGAAGGAGAUGGACUGGGGUCAGACGGACAGGGCAUCAAAGCCCCCGUACACAGGGGCUCGACAGCAGUGGACGGUGCAGGCUUCGGUGUGGACAGGCCUGCUGAGCUCUCCAAGAGUGAUGAUGAGUAUGAUGCCUUCAGGAAGAGGAUGAUGCUGGCGUACAGAUUCAGACCAAACCCACUGAACAAUCCCAGAAGGCCAUACUACUGAACACCACAGCGCAGGAGUCUUCAUCAUCAUCAUCAUCAUCAUUGUUAUAGUAAUGUGCUGUGUCUGAGAGAGUAAUC